UCAAUUAUUAUUUAUUUUGAAAAGUUUUAUUUUACGUUAUAUCUAGCUCCUAAUUGUCCUUUUGUAAUUAUAACUUUGUAGUUUCUAUAGUCCACAUUUGUGUUCGUUUUCCAAUAUUUAUUACGACGCCUUUAUGUAAUUAAAUUCGUAUAAAAACAUGGGGAAAAAAUCAAAAUCUCAGUUAAAUUUUCAGAAAAUGGAAAAUUCAGUUUCAAAACAUACUUUAGGUUCAAGUAAAAAUAGAAAGAGAAGGAAAAAUAAGACAAAGAAAAUAAAAAAGUUAUUUGACCAACUACGGAAUGAGAGUGAUGUUUCAACUUCCUCGACUUCUAAUAUCACAGUUGUGGAGUUAGACGACACCGUAGUUGAAAUGCCCAAAACUUCUAUAGAAAAUGAUGCCAAUUUAGUAGUAAUUGACGAUGAGGAUAUAGUAGAAAGUGGUACGGAAAACAUUCCAAUGCACUCAACACCACUCCCAUGCCGAAGUAAUCCAAUACAGGACACACACAUAUCCCCUGUUAAUUUAGAUUUAUCUAGCAACCUCAAUGAUGAUAUUAUUAACUUAACGAGGGAAAUUAAUAGGGAUUCAUACCUAACUAUAGAUUUAACGAAUGAAACUAUUAAUUCAACCAAUGAAACGCAAAUGAAUACUGUAAUAGAUCUCAUAAACAAUUCCAAAGACCACAGAAGCUUAACAUCUCUGGACUCUAUGAGUGGGGAUUCCGAUGUCACCAUAUUGAACACGAAAAGAAAAAAUAAAAAUGAACUAAAAAAAUUUGCAAAUGGAAUUGCUAAGAUGAACUCCAGUGAGAGGGGAAAGCUAUUGGAACUUAUUGCUAAUAAGAUAUUCAAUGGUUGUAAUACUCUCAGUCUGAAUGGCAGCACAAAUAGUCGUAAGAAUGGAGUAAUCGGGGCCACAAAUAAAGUAGAAGAUGUCUACAUAAAAGAAGUCAUACUCGGCAAACCAGCCUCUAGAAAUAGCAUAGGUAGCAAUAUUUACAACCCAGAGAAGGAUGCUAGUAACAAAACUGGUCCAAGAAUGAUUGUGAUAGACGGCAGCAAUGUAGCAAUGCAACACACAAAAGGCAGAAUAUUUUCAGUCAAAGGCCUCAAAAUUUGUAUAGAUUACUUUUUGCAGAGAGGCCAUGUUGUCAAAGCAUUUGUGCCACACUUUAGAUGUAAAUAUGGCAAGAGCACCGAUGGUAAGCUGUUGGACAGCCUGGAGAGGCAGGGUCACGUGGUAUACACGCCGUCCAGGGAGGUCCAGGGUAGGAUGAUCACGUCGUAUGACGACAGAUACAUAAUACAGUGUGCUGCAGAAUUUGACGGUGUGAUCGUGUCCGGGGACAAUUACCGGGAUCUCAUGAACGAGAAUCCAAGAUGGAGGUUCAUCAUAGAGAACCGUCUUUUACCGUUCACAUGGGUUGGGGAUAUGAUAAUGUUCCCAAAAGAUCCCCUCGGACGGAACGGUCCAACAUUACAUGAUUUUCUAAAACACCCUGGAUAAUACUUGUAAGGUUUUUUUUUAUAUUUUAAGGUUCAAAAAGAAAUUGUUGAUUAUGUAAAUAUAUUGUUGUUUAUUUGUACAGGAUGUGACAUAACUAAGUGAUAAUACUUAGUUAUGUCAUAGUAAGUACUUAAG